UUGGAAGGAGUUUGGGUAUAGUGCUUUAACUGAUUAUAUUAGUCAAGCAGGCAAAUUUGGGGGGACUUUUAUUUGGACUAGUAAUAGUCCUACUUCUAAUUCUGUUUUUGCUACUAAUAGGAAUAAGUCUUGGAAGGUGUUGACUUAUAUUAGUUUUAUGGACAAAUCUUUAUUGUUUGUCCAAGCCAAUGAUAGUUGGUAUAAUUUAUUGCCCACUUGUAUACCGGAGAAGUUGAAGGCUGAAGAGGCGGGGGAAAUUCUUAGAGUAAUAGAAGAAAGUGGGAUGGGGAAACGGAAGAAAGAAGAGAGGGUGGUGAAGAAGAGGUCAAGCCGGAUAAAAGAAGUGAAAGCUAAAUUGAAGAAGUAUGGGUUAAAGACUGAACCUAUUUCUGAAAGGGAUUUAGAGAGGUGGGAUAAAAUAGAGAAAGGGAAGAAGAAAGUUAAAGAAAAUAAAUUACCUGCAAUAGAAGAAAAAGACCUAGACCAAGAAAACCAAGAACCGGAAGAAGAAAAACUAACUCCUAAGAGAAAUAAAAAAAGAAAAUAA